AUAGGCGGGGAUUCCAGCCCCGAGGCGGAGGCCGGCCGGCCGGUGGGCCGGACGGCCGGGCAGACCAGUAGUAGGCUGACCGGCACAGCGGAUGCGGUUGGGUGCGGAACUCUGAGGCAGACGAGCUAGUGUGCAGAGGCGGACUGACUAGUGUGGAGGCGGACUCCACUGCGGACUGCACCGCGGAGUGCACUGCGGAGGCGGACGGACGAUACCGGUGCAGCGUGCGGCAUUUGUGGAAUCGUGACUAGUGAGGACGCGCCUACGGAUCUGCACGAGGUUGUUAUCUGUCCAGGAAUCCGUAGAGCGUGGCCAGUUCUGCGCUCAAACGCGCACCCGUCACGUCAGAGAACCACCCCUCCCCCGCUCCCCACCCUCCCCGCCCGAUCCGCGAUCGGCCAGCCCAGUCAGUCGUGCUCAGAGUCUGGUUUGGUGCGCAGAGACCGAGCCAUGCGUCUGGUGACAGUGAGUGUAACGUGCCUUCUGGCGGCGUCACUGGCGGCUGCUGAAGAGCUACCUCCAAACUGGUGGCUAAUCACAGAUGAGGAUCCAUUCGCUGCGUUACAACAGGAGUUGGGAGACAAUAUUCCUGAAGCGCUUCAAGGAGGACCGGUGGCUGCUGGUGCUGCUACUGCUGCAACAGCUGGGGAACCUUCAUCUGGAGCAGCCGCUUCGGCAGGGCAAGGAUCGGCAUCGGCGUCAGCAGGACCUGAUGGGGCUACCGCUUCUGCAGGAGCCGGCGGAGCUACAGCUUCUGCAGGACCCGGCGGUGCUACAGCAUCAGCUGGAGCUUCCAAUGCCGCUCCCCGUCCUCCUCCAAGAUUCCCUGACCGAUUCCCUCGUCCUCCAGGCUCAGAAGUCCCCGAGUCCUUCCCUCCACCCCAGUCCAACCCAGGACGACCUAACCGACCUCCGAACCGUCAGCCAGGAGGAGGUCCGAUCGUCUUUCCCACCGACCGACCUCUUACUGGAAAUGUCGAAAGCUUUCGGCCCACCUUCGGUGGCGAGUGCACGUGCACCCACCCCACCUCGUGUACAGGUCAACUGGACGCCCCUCAGGGCAAGUGUCCUGAAGGGAAGGUCUGCUGUCCUCCACAGCACCGCUACAGGCCAAAGUGCGGCCAGAUGACACCUCAGCCUCGCUCAGCUCAGUCUGUUCGCGACUCGAACGCGCCCUGGAUGGCAGCGCUGUUGGAGAAGGUGCCGAACGGCUACAUCUUCGUCUGUGGAGGGUCACUGAUCCACGAACAGGUUGUGCUGACCGCGGCACGCUGCGUACAGAGAUUUGAAGAGAACAAGGACUCCCUGGUCGUUCGACUGGGAGAAAAGGAUAUUCUGUCCUACGAGGAGAUAUACCCGCCGGUGGAAAUAGCGGUAAAAGACGUAAUCAUCCACGCCAACUACAGCCGGGAGCAAAAGUACAACGACCUGGCUCUGCUGUUCCUGCGUGAACCGGCGCCCCUGCGACCUGGCCUGGAUACGAUCUGUGUGAGGCGAGAGGGCACCGACCUGAGGGACUGCAGCAUCCACAGCUAUGGACUCAGGCAGACAGGCUCGUCACAAUUCGACCUGCGUCUCCGGGAGGCCGAUCAGGCCCCUCUCCCCUACACCGACUGUCAACGGGUACUCCGCGGGACACGCAAAGGACCCUUCUUCCAGCUACACCCUAGCUUCCAGUGCACCACAUCAGACGUGACCUGUGACCUCGGAGAGGACCGCGCCGGCUCACCGCUGACCUGUCCUGACCUGACCCGCCGCGAGCACCAGCUACGUGGGGUGGUGGCCUGGGGAGUUGGGUGUCAAAGCCAGCAGAAGCCGGGGGUUUAUACGAGUGUUACUGAGUUCUAUAGGUGGAUUGAUUUCCAGGUAACCGAAUACUUUGGCUACAUUGAGUCGGCGUUCGGUCCGUUCAACCAGGUAUAGAAGAGAAGAAGUGAAAGAGUUUAGGAUUGUGUGAAAAACUGAUGAAUGUUUCCUGGAGAGCCUAGUGCCAGUGGCGCAGAUUCUGAGGUUUGAUUCAAGAUUAAAAGUGUUGGAUAUGUUUUGUGGAUAAAGAUGUUGUCGAUGUGUGGUGACAUCGGCUAGUGUUCCACUCGGAUUUGUGGGUUGAAAUAUGUUUCACGAGAUUGUCACGAAGUGAGAAUAGGGUGGCUCGAUCGUUAGACGGCAGACCGGCGAUUAGUUCUAGAAAUGUUGGUUAGGAGAGGUGAAGGAAGUGAGAUAGAAAGAGAGAGGGAGUGAGAGAUAGAAGGAAAGAGGGUCUGUAUAGUCUGAUGUAUUUGGUGCCUAUGUUGGUGAUGUGUUUCACAUUGGUUCAUUUACAACAUAAGCUAGGUAAAGUAGGUUUGAUCCUGUAGAACAUCUUCCAUUAUAGAUCGCAUGAUUCUGGUCUUGAAGACCAGAGUGCGCUCACCACUUUUCUCGCUACAGUUACCAUUGUAUUGAAAUACGGCUGCGCCGUCAAUGAAACUGUGGGUCUGACGCUUAGGUACGAAUAUGUUAUAUCAACGAUAGCCCGGUGAAAGAUCUUAGCAUUUUGGUUGAUUACUUGCGACGCUUCUGGAUUGUAAUUUCAGAAAGAAAGUGGUGGCGUGCCGGCUACCGUUCAGCAUGGAUAGAUGGUGCGCCAACUUUGAAGGAUUCGUUCUUAAUUGCUUUUGUGUUUCUACUGCAUAUGCUUGUGUCACUUAUUCCUCGGAAAACCGGGGAAAAUUGAGGUUUUUAUAAAGAAAGAAUUAGGUAUCUAAAUAACGUCAAUAAAAUAUAAGUUCCAA